CUUCACAGAUUUCGCAAAGCAGGGUAUCAAGCCAUCGAUCGCAUAUGCGACUACUACUAUUCUUUGCGGGAAAAACCCGUCGCUGCACAGGUCGAACCUGGCUACUUAAGAAAGGCGCUUCCAGAAACCGCACCAAACGAGGGAGAGGUCUGGCAGGACAUCGCGGACGACUAUCAAAGGUUGAUCAUCCCUGGUCUGACACACUGGCAGCACCCAUCCUUCUUCGCGUACUUUCCCACCGCAUGUACCUUCGAGGGCAUGCUCGGCGACCUCCCGGCUUGUACUGAGUUGGAAUCCGUCGUCAUGGAUUGGGCUGCAAAGAUGUUCGGCCUUGAUUCUUCCUUUCACAACAUAUCAGAGGUGGGAGGAGGUGUCAUCCAGACAACGGCUUCCGACUCGGCCCUUACGGCCAUAGUUGCCGCGCGCGAGCAGUACCAUGGGCUGUAUCCCGACGUACCACUGGAAUCGCUCCUCAUCUACGUCACGACUCAUACGCACUCCUUCGGAAAGAAGGCGGGACGCGUGCUCGGCCUGCGCGUGCGGGCACUAGACGUUGACGCUGCAGUUCGUACCGGGUGGGGCCUCGACAGCGAUGUCCUGCGGACAUGUGUUGAAGAAGACAGGAAAGCGGGGCUACACCCAUUCAUCGUGAUUGCGACCGUGGGGACGACGAAUUCCGGAGCCAUUGAUCGUAUUGCUGAUAUAGGUGCUACCAUCGAAAAGGACUAUCCGUCGAUCUGGCUGCACGUCGACGCAGCAUGGGCCGGUGUCACGCUAUCUUGCCCAGAAUUACGGGACCGCGCCCAGAUCAAAGGAAUCAACAAAUAUGCGACAAGUCUGUGCGUCAACUUUCACAAGUGGGGGUUGACCAACUUCGAUACCUCUGCGCUGUGGGUGCGCGAUCGCAAGCGGCUCACAGAUGCGUUGGAUGUGACCCCCGAGUAUCUGCGGACCAAACAUGGAGACGCUGGUACGGUGAUCGACUACAGAAACUGGCACCUGUCUCUCGGCCGGCGGUUCCGUUCACUCAAGCUUUGGUUCGUACUAAGGAGCUACGGUAUCGAAGGAUUUCAAGCAUAUAUUCGCAAGUGCAUCAAGAUGAACGACCUCUUCGCGGAGUACGUUCGCACGUCCAACACCUUCGAGCUCGUCACACCGCCCUCCUUUGCGCUCACUGUGUUCCGCCUCGUUCCUCCGGCUACCGCGUCGGCUGCUUGGACGCCCAACGAGCUGAACAGUCUCAAUCGCCGUUUCCAUAACGCACUGCAGGAGCAUCACGAUCAGCUGCUUCUCACGCAAACAGAGCUCGUGGGGGUUUUCUGCAUGCGCUUCGCCGUAGGCGCGGCACGGACUAAUGAAGAGGAUAUUCACAGGGCUUGGGAGGUUAUUAAAAAGACGGGGGAGGAUGUGUUGAAGCAGUCAACCGAAGAUCGAAACCGUGUGGCCGAGUAG